AGAGAGAGAGAGAGAGAGGGAGGGGGAGAGAGGCUAGGAUUGGCUCACAAAUCUUGUCCGCACCUGUCUUCUCUUCCUAUCCGCUACACCCCUCUCUAUCUCUCUCCAUAUACAAAUGUUAGUGUGAGAUCCACUUCUGAACAACCACAAUUUUAUUUUGUCCUACCCAUACUCUCUUCAUGUGGCUAUGAAUCUCUAAAAUUCAGUAAUCUUAUUUGCCAACCCAACUCUCAGUUCUACAGACCCAGUAUCACCAAGCUGUGUUCUCAGUUGAUUGCAUUGUCCAAGAUUAUUCAAAAACUGGAUCAAGUGAUUUAAUUGCCUUCAUCUUGAGAUUUUGUCUGGGUUCAAGAAGAAUAGGGGAAGAUGGGUGAUGUAGCCAAGGACCUCACUGCUGGGACUGUUGGAGGGGCAGCACAGUUGAUUUGUGGACACCCUUUUGAUACCAUCAAAGUCAAACUCCAAAGCCAGCCCGCUCCACUUCCUGGCCAGCCUCCCAAAUUCUCUGGUGCAAUGGAUGCUGUAAGACAAACAAUAGCGGCGGAAGGCCCAAGGGGUCUGUACAAAGGUAUGGGGGCCCCACUUGCCACUGUGGCAGCCUUUAACGCUGUCCUUUUCUCAGCUAGGGGACAAAUGGAGGCAUUGCUGAGGUCUGAACCCGGCACUCCCCUUACAGUGAACCAGCAAAUCAUUGCUGGGGCUGGGGCUGGGGUUGCUGUGUCUUUUAUGGCCUGCCCUACAGAAUUGAUCAAGUGCAGAUUGCAAGCUCAAAGUGCAUUGGCAGGUUCAGGCUCAGUUGCUGUGGCAGUAAAGUAUGGAGGACCGAUGGAUGUGGCAAGGCAUGUUCUCCGAUCAGGAGGCACGAGGGGUCUAUUCAAGGGUUUGUUUCCUACUAUGGCACGUGAAGUACCUGGAAAUGCUGCUAUGUUUGGUGUCUAUGAAGCCCUAAAGCAGUACCUUGCGGGAGGCCAAGACACUUCCGGGCUAGGAAGGGGUUCACUACUUGUAGCUGGAGGCUUGGCCGGGGCUUCCUUCUGGGUUUCUGUCUACCCUACUGAUGUUAUCAAGAGUGUAAUUCAGGUUGAUGAUUACAAAAACCCAAAAUUCUCUGGAUCUAUCGAUGCUUUAAGAAAAAUCUUGGCAUCGGAGGGAGUCAAAGGAUUGUACAAGGGUUUUGGACCUGCCAUGGCCAGAAGUGUUCCAGCAAAUGCAGCUUGCUUCUUGGCAUAUGAGGUGACAAGGUCUAGUUUGGGAUGAUUUUUUUUUUCAUUUUUCUUCCAUUAGGCGCUGGCCAUCUAUUCGGAUGAAUUUUACAAAACUGUUGUUUUAUAAUGUUGACGCCAUUGUCUCGCCAUUAACGACAAUUUCAAUCCAAAAUGUUGACAAUAUCUCUUUAGCUUUUCAUGCUCUAAGAAUGCAGUAACAUUCAUCUCUUGGGGCUAGAAUAAAGUUUUGUUGACCGAGCUUCACAAUUCUGUGGCUGCACACUGAUUGAUUACCUAUCG